AUGACGGGAGAGUUACAAGAGACGGUGGAUAAAACGGCGCCGUGUGCGGCCAUAACUGAGAAACGGCCAAAUCGACUCGGCGGUUGUGUCGGCGUUUUCUUCCAGCUCUUCGAUUGGAACCGGCGUUUCGCCAAAAGGAAGCUCUUUUCUCGCAAAUCACUUCUUAAUGGGAAACAAGCUUCUAAGAGAUUUGGAGGGAAUGAGAAAAUGCUCAAAUCUAAGCUUAAUCUGAUUGAUGAUGAGAACAGAGGAAGUUUCGUAAACCGUGGUGAAGUCGUAAAGCAUGAAAUGAGAUCUCCUAGUUUAGUAGCACGUUUAAUGGGUCUUGAAUCAAUGCCAUCUAAUCACAGAGACAAAGCGAAGAAGAAGAAGACGAAAUGCAAUCUCAUUGAUGAAGAAGACGAAGAAGAUGAUAAUGGUUUUGAUAAGUCAAGGCCACAGAAGAUGCAGAGAACAACAGGAACGUGUGAUAGGCGUGUUGUUGUGAAGAAGCUUGGAUCUGAUGCAUUGCAGAUUAAGAACGUUUUGACUAGAGUAAAGAAACAUCAUCAGUACAAUAGUCAUCAACAUCAUCAUCAGCAUCAGAAGAAGCUAGCUUCUCCUGUUCAAAGCCCUAGGCUUCUUCAUAGACGUACAAGUAGCUCUAGGUUGAUUGAUGCUGCUACUAGGAUUCUUGAACCGGGGAAGCAGCGAAAGAUCGCUUAUCAUCCCGGUUCUUCCGGGAUUAGAAGUUGCGAAAACGCCGGGAAAGAGCCAGUGGAAAUUGUUGCUGCUGCUGCUUCUUGUAAAGCUUGUGGUAGCUUUGUUGAUGUUCUUGGCUCUGUUCCAGUAGCUGAAGAGAUUGGAAAGAACAUCGAAUCAACGCCUUUUGAAAGGAGUAAAAGAAAUGUGUUUUGGAGAAAUCAAGAACCUCCAAGAACAACGAAUCAGAUGGAGAAGAAGGCUUUACACCGUGUUCAGAAGGAUGAGAGGUUUCCUCCGGAAGCUAGAGCUUACAUGUUACAGAGCAAAAGAGUUUGUUCUUCGUCUUCUACUUCACCUGCGAAUGUUAUCAAGUGUAAAGAGAAGGACUUUAUAGCAAUGAAUAGAGGCUUAACGAGGAGGAAUCAUCAUCACUUGGCUAGAUUUGAGAACUCUGAUUUGAGAAAGUCUCAGAGUAGAGCUGAGGAGUCUUGUAAUAGAUCAGGAUUAAGCACUACGACUACUCCACCAAGGAAGAGAAGGCUAGCUUGUGGAAGUGGAAGUAGCUCUAUGAGUCCACCAGUGUCAAGAAGAGUAGAUGGUGAAUGCUCUUGUGAUUGUAGCAAUGAAACUCCAUUGAAACUUGGUUCUCUUCCUCAUAGAAGUUAUAGAGAAUCCAAAGAACCUCAACGCCGUCCAAAUCAGAAAAGACUACCACUUGACGCAGCUACUCUGGGUUUGAUUCAGCAGAAGUUGAAAAAACUUGCUGCUCAAGAAGAAGAUGAAGCCAUAACAAGAGGAAGUGCGUUGCUAAAUCAGUCAUCAGCGUCUUUGAUUCUCCAUGAGUUACUUUCUUCUUUAGCUUUGGAGCAACGUUACACAGAAACAGCUUACCGGAGGAAAGGCAAAACAGAGUUGUGGAAUAGUGAUUACACUAGCCCUGGUUCUGUUCUUGAUGCAUCUUUCUCUAACGAGAGCUGCUUUUCCAAUAGCUUUGACAACAUCUCAGUUCCAGGACAUGUGAGGCUGCUUCCUCUAGAGCCUGAUUGGGACGUUCUUGAAGAUGGUGGUGGUGGUAACUAUCAAGCGAUCGCUAGUCUUGUAAGCCAUGUCUUCAACGUCCUGCGAUGUUUGAGCAACACAGGACUCAUACUAACACAGCAGAGAUUCAACGUUGCAAGAGAAGUCAUCAUCAACACCGAGCUAUUGGUUGGUACUAGUCCUACACAAGAGAACAACUACCUCAUCGGACCAGAGCUCUUCGACGAGCUCAUGAUCUACACGGCGCGUUCUGAUAAUCUUGUGAACCUCCCUGGAGUCACCGGAGGGUUCUUGGUUGAUGCUAUGAUCGAACACUUGGAAGAGAGAAACAGUUCUUGCGGAUUGUUGUUGAAGCAGCCUUUGAGUGUGGAAGCUGAUGGGUUGAUUCAAGGUGUGAUUGAGGAUGUUCCAAAGUGGGCUAAGUUGGCUCGGAUUGGUGUUGAUGAAGUUGUGAGUAUUGAGAUGGAGAAAUGGUUUGAUCUUGAAGCUCAUUUGUUUGGUGUUGGAUCAGAGAUUGCUUAUGAGAUCUUUAUGUUUUUGCUCGGAGAAUUAGCAAUGGAUCUCUUUUAG